AUGCCUCAGACCAACACCAAGAAAGGGCUCAGCUCCGAGCCGCAGGUGAUAUACUCGUCCGGGCGCGUGGCCCGCGAGGCCCAAGAGCCACCCGACGUCAGGAUAUUGCAUUACAACGACGUCUACCAUGUGGAUAGCGCGAGCGCAGAGCCGGUGGGAGGCUUGGCGCGAUUCAUGACGCUGUGCAGAGAACAUCAGGAGGACGAGGCGUUCAGGAAUGGUCCCAACGUCCUGACCUUGUUCUCUGGGGAUGCGUUCAACCCCAGCCUGGAGAGUAGUGUGACCAAGGGACGCCACAUGGUUCCUGUUCUCAACGAAAUCAAAACAGACUGCGCCUGCGUUGGAAACCACGACUUCGACUUUGGCGUCAAGCAAUUCCAGCAUCUCGCCGAGAAGUGCGCUUUUCCAUGGCUCAUUGCCAACGUGCUGGACCCGGCUCUCGGAGAGGACGUGCCCAUCGGAAACGCCAGGCGAACUCACAUGCUCACCACGUCCAACGGCGUCAAGGUCGGCUUGAUAGGUCUUGGCGAGCGGGAGUGGCUCGCCACCAUCAACAGCCUGCCCCCGAACCUCGUCUACAAGUCGGCAUCCGCCACCGCCAGGGAGCUGGUGCCUCAGCUGCGCGCGCAGGGCGCCGAAAUGGUCAUCUGCCUGAGCCACAUGCGCGAGCCCAACGACAACAAGCUCGCCGAGCAGACGGACGGCCUCAUCGACGUGAUCCUCGGCGGGCACGACCACUACUACAGCCACGGCCUCGUCAAGGGAACCCACGUGCUCAGGUCCGGCACCGACUUCAAGCAGCUGAGCUACGUGGAGGCGAGGCGGAAGCCCGGCGGCGCGACCGGGUGGGACGUGGACAUUUGGCGCCGCGACGUCACCUCCGAAGUUGCCGAGCACGGCGAGACGGCCAAGCUGGUGGCCCAGCUGACGUCCCAGCUGCAAAAGUCGCUGUCGCGGCCCAUCGGCUGGACGGCGGUGCCGCUCGACGCGCGGUUCAGCACGGUGCGGACCCGGGAAUCCAACAUGGGGAACUUUGUGUGCGACGUCAUGCGCCGGCACCACGACGCCGACUGCUGCGUCAUGGCGUCGGGCACCAUCCGCGGCGACCAGGUCUACCCGCCGGGCGUGAUCCGCAUCAAGGACGUGACGACUUGUCUUCCGUUCGAGGACCCCGUGGUGUGCCUGCGCGUCAAGGGCCAGGCAAUCUGGGACGCGCUGGAGAACGGCGUGUCGACGUACCCUGCGCAGGAAGGACGGUUUCCCCAAGUGUCCAACAUUGUGUUUGAGUUUGAUCCCAGCAGGGAGAGCGGCCGGCGCCUCAAUCUCCUGCGGAUAGGCGGGAGGCCCUACGACCCGCAGGCAGAGUACGUGCUCGCCACCCGCGGCUACAUGGGUCGAGGCAAAGACGGCUACACAUCCCUCCUCGUGGAGUCAGAGGGCGGCGCCGCCGAGGAAAUCGUCGACGAGGAAAACGGGAUCCUCAUCUCCGCCAUGCUCCGCCAGUACUUCAUGGCUCUCCGAACCGUCGGCCAGUGGAAGCGCAUAUCCGACCACUGGGUGGACGUGGCAAGCGAGCCGCUGUCUCCGUCGCACGCCCGCCGUUCCGGGAGGAUGCCCUCUCUGCCGGGGACGGACGACGACGACAACGACGACGCCGCGAGGCCAGCAGCAUGGAAGGCCUUCCUGCGACGCAGGCUCGGCCUGCACAAGGAGCCGCUCGACGACGACGACGACGACCACUUUGACCCGCGGCACGGCCGAGGCAGGCGUGUUGUCGACGAGGAGGAGCCGGAUGAAGAUGCGGAAAUGGAUCUGGAGAUUCUGCUCAUGCGCAAGUUUUGGGCGAGGUGGGCUGCCAAGGCCGGCGUCAAGGCGACGGUUUGUGAGCCGCUGGAGGAUGUGGAUUGCUUGGUGGACUGGACGAGAGUGAUUGCGCCGGCGGUGGAGGGGCGUAUCAGAAUGGUCGGCGUGGCAUAG